GCAACUCAUGGGUCCUUCACAAAUAUCACGAAUCCCAAUAAAUAUCUAAUCCACUUCACCCUCUUCCUUCCUCAACUCAACUGCCGAUUAGCACCGCCAACUUUCUCCUCCCCAAAACCUCCGUAAAACAAUUUGCAGAUUAUUCACUCUUCCAGCUCAUGGCUAUCUCUAUUGUUCCAUCUAUCCAUCACUCAAUGCCGCCAAUUGCUUCUUCUCCAUCUCUUCCGCAUCCUAAGGAUCAUAACAAGCACAUCUUAAGAAUCUUGGUCGGAAGGAGGCAGAGAUUGACGUCAAUUAGAUGCAGCGCAAGUGAAAGAGUAAACGAAAUGAACUAUUACGAGCUUCUUGGAGUUUCUGCAGAUUCAAAUACUCAAGAAAUCAAAGAAGCAUACCGAAAGUUGCAGAAGAAAUUUCAUCCUGAUAUUGCAGGCCAAGAGGGCCACGAGUAUACACUGAGACUGAAUGAGGCUUAUGGGGUUCUGAUGAGAGAGGAUCGAAGGAAGCAAUAUGACACUUACACGGGUGGGAUGAGGGUCAGAUUUGGGAAUUUUGGCACCGGAUUAGGUUACAGUUCGUGGAAUGGACCUCUGAGACCUCAGGCUUUGUUUGUCGAUGGGAAUGCAUGCAUAGGGUGCAGGGAAUGUGUACACAAUGCAAGUAAUACAUUCACCAUGGAUGAGACUCUCGGCCGUGCACGAGUAAAGGUUCAGUAUGGAGACAAUGAUAAAAAAAUUCAGGUUUCAGUAGAAUCAUGUCCUGUGAAUUGCAUAUAUUGGGUAGAAAAGGAGGAACUGGAAGUGUUGGAGUAUUUGAUGCAGCCACUGCCCAAGAAAGGAUAUGGCGUGUUUGGAGGUGGCUGGGAAAUUCCAGCCAAUGUGUUUAUGGCGGCCAAGGCCUUCACCAAGCAGCUGGAACGGCAAGAACAGGACACAAAAUAUGGAGCUGAAACUGUGGGAGAAACUCCAGCUCAAGCUGAGGCUCGAGCUAAUGCCACCAUGAAAAUACAAAGGGAGAAGUUUCAUGGAGUGUGGAAUUGGGUAAAGCAAGUUUUUAGUGAUAGCACAAACUUCACAUUCGUCUGACACUCCAGCAGCAUGGCUUAAGCAGUAAUUUAUUCUAUCGUUCACAACAUCCUGCCAACAGAACCAUCUCAUAGUUCAAUACUAAAAAAAUAGUCAUUUUCUUUUAUCAUACGCAACAUG